AUGGCUUCUAAAGUUGUGGAACUUAAAGCCAUAUACUCGGCUUUCAUGCUUCAAGGGGCCCAAGUAUUCUCUAAGAUUGAUAUUUGGUCGGGCUAUUACCAAUUGCGGGUCAAGGACGGGGAUGUUCUCAAGACCACAUUCAGAACCCGAUAUGGCCACUAUGAUUUUUUGGUAAUGCCGUUUGGGUUGACCAAUGCCCCAGCUGUUUUCAUGGACAUGAUGAAUAGAAUUUUCAGACCUUUUCUGGAUACUUUUGUUGAGGUCUUCAUAGAUGAUAUUCUGGUGUAUUCCAAGAACCUAGAAGAGCAUGAACAACAUCUAAGAGUGGUGCUCCAGACUUUGAAGUCAGAAAAGUUGUAUACUAAGUUGAGCAAGAGUGAGUUUUGGCUUCAUAGAAUGGCCUUUAUUGGGCACGUUGUUUCUAAGGAUAGAGACGUGGUUGACCCUUGUAAGAUUGAAGUCGUGCUUAAGUGGGGAAGACCGACAAGCGUGACAGAGGUCCGCAAUUUUCUGGGAUUAGCAGGUUACUAUAGAAACUUUGUAGAAGGAUUUUCAAAAAUAUCACUUCCCCUUACUCGCCUAACCCAGAAGGAAGUAAAAUUUGUGUGGUCAGAUGAUUGUGAGAAAAGUUUUCAAGAACCAAAGAAGAGAUGGACUACGGCUCCGAUACUGACCUUACCCGAAGGAAAUGAGGACUUUACUAAUGUGGUAGUAGAUGCCUUAAGUAGAAAGCCCAUAGUAUCAAUGGCACAUCUAAUGGUUCGAGAGAUGAGAUUGUUAGAAGAUGGAAGCUGGGAUGAUCAUUUACCUCUAAUAGAAUUUGCUUAUAACAACAGCUUCCAAGCCAGUAUUCAGAUGGCACAUUUUGAGGCCCUGUAUGGGAGGAAGUGCAGGUCACCUAUCUGUUGGGAUGAGGUUGGUAAAAGGAGGCUUUUAGGGCCAAAUAUUGUUCAAGCGACCUCAAAAAAAGUUGCUUUGAUUCAAGAGAUGCUCAUGACAACUCAGAGUUGGCAACAUAGUAACGCCGAUAACCGAAGAAGAAACCUCGAGUUUGAGGUAGGCGAUCGAGUAUUUCUGAAGGUAUCGCUAACUAAGGGUGUUAUGAGGUUCGGUAAGAAAGGAAAAUUGAGCCCACGAUGUAUUGGACCUUUUAAAAUUCUAGAAAAAGUUGGAAGUGUAGUAUAUCGACUUGCCCUACCACCCGAGUUGGAUAACAUCCACGAUGUCUUUCAUGUAUCUCUGUUAAGGAAGUACCAGCCUGACCUGUCCCAUAUUCUGAGAGAUGAACUAGUUCCGAUCAGAGAAUACUUCACCCACAUCGAGCAACCUAUUGAGAUACUGAAUCGAAGAGUGCAAGUAUUGCGCAAUAAAGAAAUUCCUGUUGUCCGUGUUUGUGGCAAUACCAUUCACAAGAACAAUCGACUUAGGAAAUUUGAGAUAAAUAUCACUGUUGUGAGUUGCAGUGAAUUUUCAGAACUGAUGUAUAUCUUGUACUGA